AUGGAUGGAACACCACCUUACUACCUCAACAGAGGGGUUAGUGGGUCUGGUUCUGCGUCUGGACCUUCUGGUUCUGUUCCUGCUUCUGGAUCUGGGACACAGACUGGUUUACCAGCCCCACCAGGCUUCAAAACCUCUUCAAACCCUAACAUUUCAUUUCAGUCCAAUGUGGGUUCCACAUACCAAGUAGAAAACCCAUCACCCAGUUUUCCUCAUGGCAUUGCCAUGGGUGUGGCCCCCAGUGGUGUGUCACCGGGCGAUACUGGAAAGAAGAAAAGAGGGAGGCCUCGAAAAUAUGGUCCAGACAGUGCCAACAUGUCUCUGUUACUGUCUCCGAUGUCGUCCACGCCUUCUCCAGGGUCGCUAACCCCCAGACGUGGUAGAGGGCGGCCACCAGGGAGUGGGAGAAAGCAACAAUUAGCUUCUCUUGUGAAGCCUAAGGCCAUGACUUCUAGUGUUGGAUUUGUUUCGUGUUGUUAA